AUAAAUGGAAUGCGUUCUUUAGAAACGAUUAAAAAAAGUAAUUUGCAGUUAACGUGUUUACAAAAAAAAACAGUUGUGCGCAAAUAUUGUAGAUUUUAAUUUUACAGUAAGAGAAUUAACACGCCUUUAUAAAAAAACGUUUUUUUUAAAAAAAAAAAAAUACUUAUAUUGUUAUUGAAGUCUUGAUUACUUGUAUGGCGACGUUUUCUUUAUUAUAAAUAUCAGCAUAUAUUGAUAAAAACUUGAGUAGUUUUUAUGUUGAAAGAAAACACCGAAACGCUUUGUCCAGCAUGUAACGAUGUAUUUAAAAGUCCCAAGCUAUUGCAAUGUAUGCACACUCUGUGCGAAAAUUGUAUUGUUUCUUUGGCUCUAGAAAAUAUCAUUUGCUGUCCGUUAUGCAGUCACCAGACACUAAAAAAAAAUGGUAUUUCGGAACUGGUUCCCAACAUUAUAAUAGCGACUGAGUCUACUCAAGUUAUGAAUCAAGAGUUAGCUGUAACUUCUAUUUGUACUCAAUGUGACAAUUUAGCAUUAUGUUUUUGUUGUGAAUGUUCUACAAAAAUGUGCGAAUCCUGCGCAAUUAUCCACAAUAAAAGCGAUGGCGUACUUAAGCACCAAAUAUGUAAUAUUGAGAGAGCUUCACUUACGCAAAUACUAGAAGAAAGGCAGGAAAUGUGUUCUGAGCAUAAUGAAUUAAUGGUAUUAUUCUGCAACGAGUGUGACCGCUUUAUAUGCCAAAAUUGCAAGCUAAGCCAAAAACACAGCGAACAUACUUUUAGUUUUGUUGACGAGAUGGUUUUUGAACGAAAGGAAAAAUUAAAACAUUUAGUUGAAGAAGCUAAAAAAAAGAAAAAAACUAUUGAAUCAAUUACAGUUGAUGCUGAAACAGCUUUAGAGCUUAUUAAGUUAACCAAUCAAAAAAAUAUUGCUUACGUAGAGGAGAAUUUUCAACUUAUCUAUGAAACAUUGAAUACCCAACGCUUGAACAUAAUUAAAAUAAUUAAUGAUAAAUACACUGAAAGUGUUAACUCGAUCAACCAAGCAAAAGAACAUAACAAAAUUUUAUCACACUGCAUAAACUUUACAAAUGAUGUUAUUGAAAGCAAUUAUAAAACCGAAGUGAUAGAUAUUUUUGAAAACCUUAAAAAGCAACUUCAAGAUAUAUCUUCUCUAACUCUAAAAUUAAAAAGAACUUCACCGAGUCAAUCAUCGUGUCAAUCAUCGUGUCAACCACCGGGUCAAUCAUCGCGUAUACAAGAUCUUAGAAAUGAUCUCGAAAAAGCAGAAAACAAAGAACAAAAAGAAAUCAAAAAGAAAUCUGAAAAAGAAAAAGAAAAUAGAAGCAGUUACCAUGGUAUUCAAAUAGAACCCUCCGAAAAAACCCGCCAUCGUCUUUUGUCAGCACCCGCUAUAAGCUUUUCAAAAAAAAAGGACAAAGAACAAAAAAAUAUCGGAGAAAAUUCAGCGCGUAUAUCAAAAAAAAAAAAUCGGAUAUCUUUGUUAAAGUCGUUUGGUUCUAGUAAAAACAAGAACGAUUCAGAGAUCUCAGAUGCUAAGAAAAUGAUAGAAGAAAAGAAUUCCAUCAAUUUUGAAAAAACACCUCCACCACGCCCACCUCCGGCAAAGAGUUCUCUAUUUUUUAAACAUUCUAGUGAAACUCCUCCGCCUAGACCAACAAAUCCACCACACAAAGCUGUAUCUUGUUCCAAACCACCUGCCAAACCCCCUGCACCGAAAUGUUUGACAUUAACGGAAAUAAAUAACGAAAAAUACAAAAAUAGUCAACAUAAAGUUUUAACUUUGUCGCCGUCGCCGUCUCACUCCGAAAAUAGUCAAAUUGAAAACAUAGUUUUAGUGGAGACACCAAUAAUUAAGUCAAAUGACGACAGUCAAAACAAAAAUUUGGGUUCUCCUGUCAAACACGAGCAAUUCAAUUUUGAUCAAAAGUCAAUUGAAAUGGUUGAAGGUCAUGCUCCGGACAAUAAUAAAAUUGUAAUAAAAGACACUAAAUCGAAUGACUGCUGUCACUUAGAUGAAAAUAUAGAAAGUUUGUAUGCAAAAGUUAACAAAAGAAGGCAAUCCAACGAAGAGCAAAAAACACAUUUAAGUAUUGAGAACGAAAACAAAGAAAACGAUUUUAGUUCAAAUACUAUGGAUAAUCCGACUGAAAUUGUAAAUUAUUUUACAAACAACAGUGAAAUCGUGUUAAACCACGAGCAGGCGAAAUUAGAUGACUGCUUUUUAAGUGAAAGCAACGAAAACAGUUUAUAUGCAAAAAUUAAUGAAGUCAGCGAUUCCAUUGAAAAACAGAGUAUACAUUUGGAUGGAAAACGGAUUGAAACAGAAAAUAAUUAUUCAAAUGUCAAAGAGACUUGUAAAAACGCUCCGGUAGCUUUUGAUAAACCCGCACCCUCUAACAAAUUUCCCCCUGAAAAGCCACAACGUCCGCGCUACGUGGCAGGAAUUGAACUAAAGCAAGUUGAAUUGGUGCUUAAUGAUAAGGUAUUAAAUUCCGUAAUAAAAUAUUUGAACCAAGCAUGCGCUGUUAUUAUGCAAAACCAAGCAUCGGAAAACACUUUACAUAUUUUUAGCCUAAAAGAUGAUGUAAUAUGCAUGUAAAUCAAAAUAGCGUUCAGAUUUUUUCUUAGAUUUUUAUUGUGGUAAAAACAGUUUUUUAUUAGCCAAACAUGUCAACAUAUUUUAUCAUGAAUUAACUUUUAUUUUAAGAAUUUUAUUUGAUGUG